AUGUCUUCAAAUGUCGGUCUGUCUACACCACGCGGUAGCGGCACAUCAGGCUACGUGCAACGCAAUGGCGCCUUUCUCAAACCUCGUGCAACCGGUGUAGGCGCACCAUACCCACCUGUUUCCGGCGCCAACGGCCCUCCAGAUCGUGCCUUUAAGCAGCGACUCCCCGAUAAGCAGAUCCUCGGGCACGACCGUCGCCGCGCAAUCGAAGUCACCGUGAUGGAAGAGCGUGAGCGCCUCGAAGAAGCCAACGAACGUCUCGAAGAGGCGCAAGCCGAGUCCAAAUCCAAGGCCAAGGCCAAGAAACAAUCUCAGCCGCGAAGCGAAGACACCAAAGACGGCGGGGAAGAAGAAGAGUCCGGAAGCGGAGUGACCGAGCGUAUCCUGAGCGAGGAGGAGAUUGACGAGCGAUGCGAUGCUCUACGACAACGUUUGCUGAAGGAAUUGGAGGAAGAUGACGCAGAAAAUGCCGCUGGUGGCGCCGCGCGCGGCAAGAAGGUCGCGCCACUAGAUCGGAGACAAUUCAAGACGUAUCAGGUGCACGAGCUUGCUGAAGCCAAGAUUGAGGAGAGUGAGCGGUUACGGAAGGCUUUGGGGUUGCGGGAGGAUAGGGAGACGGGGGAGAUUACGAGUAAACGUUUUGAGAGACGCCGGGAUUAG